AUCAUGUAUUUUCUCAGAGAGUGAGAAAGACUGAGAGAAGCGACCAUUGUCUCUCUUUGAGCAUCUCACUGCAUUUUCAUCGUUGUCUUCAUAACCUUGUGUUCGUCAAUGGGGAAGAAUGCUUUCUUGCAAUUGUGGUGGGGGAAGAAGAAGGAGCUCCACUUCGUCGUCGUUGCAGUUCUACUCCUCGUUCUUUGUCCAGUUUCUUCCUCUCUAAACGACGAAGGAAAUGCCUUGUUAUCGAUCAAAGUCUCAUUUAGCAACGUAGCGAAUGUGUUACUUGACUGGAACGAUGAAGGUGAUGACUUCUGUUCAUGGCGAGGAGUUAUCUGCGACAGUUAUGGUGAUGGCCUCUCUGUUAUUUCCCUGAAUUUAUCAAAUCUAAACCUGGGUGGGGAUAUUUCACCAGCCAUAGGAGAUUUGAGAAAUAUACAGUCGAUAGAUUUACAGGGUAACGGUUUGACGGGCCAAAUACCUGAUGAGAUUGGCAACAUUGCCUCUCUAGUGCAUCUGGACUUGUCUGAUAAUUUUCUGCAUGGAGAUAUUCCAUUUUCCAUAUCGAAGUUGAAGCAACUUGAGUUUUUUAAUCUGAAGAACAAUCAAUUGGUCGGUACGAUCCCAUCAACCCUCACACAGAUUCCAAAUCUUAAAACGCUUGAUCUUGCUCGGAACCAGCUUAGAGGUGAGAUACCAAGAAUACUAUAUUGGAAUGAAGUACUCCAGUACUUGGGAUUGCGAGACAACUCGCUGACUGGAACCCUGUCACCCGAUAUGUGUCAAUUAACUGGCUUGUGGUAUUUUGAUGUUAGGGGGAACAAUCUAACUGGUCCAAUUCCCGACAACAUUGGGAACUGUACAAGUUUUGAGAUUCUGUAUGUGUUCCAUGAAUUUUUAUCUAGAUUUGUAAUUUUCCUAAAAUGGUUUGGCUCUGAUUUUGUUCUUUGGUAUUGGUUUGAGGGUGUUAGGGAUAUUUCUUACAAUCAAAUUACUGGAGAAAUUCCAUAUAAUAUUGGUUUUUUACAAGUGGCUACACUGUCUCUUCAAGGCAAUAGAUUGACAGGGAAGAUACCUGAGGUUAUUGGUUUAAUGCAGGCCCUUGCUGUUCUGGAUUUGAGUGAAAACGAACUAGUUGGGCCAAUCCCUGCAAUACUUGGCAAUUUAUCUUACACUGGAAAACUGUAUCUGCAUGGAAACAAGCUGACUGGGCCGAUACCUCCUGAGCUGGGAAAUAUGUCUAAACUUAGCUACUUGCAGCUAAAUGACAAUCAACUGGUUGGCAAAAUUCCUCCUGAACUUGGAAAGCUGGAACAAUUGUUUGAGUUGAAUCUUGCGAAUAAUGAUCUCGAAGGACCAAUUCCUCAUAAUAUCAGUUCCUGCACGGCCUUGAAUCAAUUAAAUGUUCACGGUAAUCACUUGAGUGGAUCAAUUCCUUUGGGUUUCCGGAACUUGGAGAGUUUGACUUAUCUGAAUCUUUCAGCAAACAGUUUCAGAGGGAAGAUACCUAUGGAGUUGGGCCACAUUAUCAAUCUUGAUACAUUAGAUCUGUCCAGCAAUAGCUUCUCAGGGCCUGUUCCAGCACCUGUUGGUAAUUUAGAGCACCUUCUCACCCUAAAUUUGAGUAGGAAUAAUCUUGAUGAUCAAUUGCCAGCAGAAUUUGGGAACCUCAGAAGUAUAGUGACCAUUGAUAUGUCUUUUAACAACCUCUCCGGUGGCAUCCCUGUAGAAUUGGGACAGUUGCAGAACAUUGUGUCUUUGAUACUUAACAACAACAACAUACAAGGGGAGAUACCUGCUCAGCUUGCCAAUUGUCUAAGUCUUGCAUCCUUGAAUGUUUCUUACAACAAUCUGUCUGGAGUUGUACCUCCUACAGGGAACUUUUCUAAUUUGUCACCAGACAGCUUCAUUGGAAAUCCAUUGUUGUGUGGAAACUGGUUGGGGUCUAUCUGCAGACCUUAUGUGCCAAAAUCGAAAGGAGUAUUCUCUAGAGCUGCACUUGUAUGUAUGACGUUGGGCUUCAUAACACUGCUAUCUUUGGUAAUAGUUGCAAUUUACAAAUCUCACCAACCAAAUGAAUUAAUGACAGGAUCUGGAAAGAUUGGUCAAGGUUGUUCCAAAUUAGUUAUUCUUCACAUGGACAUGGCUAUUCACACAUUUGAUGAUAUAUUGAGGAUAACUGAGAAUUUGAGUGAUAAGUAUAUUAUUGGUUAUGGUGCUUCAAGUACAGUGUACAAGUGUGUUGUAAAGAAUUCCCGACCCAUUGCAAUUAAGCGACUCUACAAUCAUCAGCACAACUUGCUGGAGUUUGAGACUGAACUUGAAACCGUUGGUAGCAUCCGGCAUCGAAAUCUUGUCAGUCUACAUGGCUAUUGUGUAUCACAGUUCGGGAACCUACUAUUUUAUGACUACAUGGAGAAUGGAUCUCUUUGGGAUUUACUGCAUGGACCUUCGAAGAAAGUGAAACUUGACUGGGAAACUCGGUUAAGGAUAGCAAUUGGCGCCGCCCAGGGGCUAUCUUAUCUUCACCAUGAUUGUAACCCUCGAAUUAUUCACAGGGAUGUCAAGUCCUCAAAUAUCCUUCUGGAUGAAAACUUCGAGGCCCAUCUCUCUGAUUUUGGGAUUGCUAAAAGCAUUCCAACUGCUAAGACCCACGCUUCAACUUAUGUUCUUGGAACCAUUGGUUACAUCGACCCUGAAUAUGCACGCACAUCUCGGCUAAAUGAAAAGUCUGACAUAUAUAGCUUUGGGAUAGUGCUUCUGGAGUUACUGACAGGGAAGAAAGCUGUUGACAACGAAUCCAACUUGCAUCAACUGAUAUUGUCCAAGGCAGAUAAUAAUACGGUGAUGGAUGCAGUCGAUCCGGAGGUUUCUGUUACCUGCUUGGACUUGGGACAUGUUAGGAAAACCUUCCAACUAGCUCUUCUAUGUACAAAGCGUAAUCCAAGCGAAAGACCAACUAUGCACGAGGUUGCGAGAUUCUUGGUCUCUCUCCUUCCUGAGCCUGUCACUAAACCUUGUUCUAAUCUUCCCAAGACCAUAGACUAUGCCAAAUUUGUGAUUGACAAGGGACAGUUGCCAAAAGUGAAGCAGCAGGAGAAUAAUUCGUUUGAUGCUCAGUGGUUCGUUAGAUUUGGUGAAGUAAUAUCAAAGAACACCCUUUGAAUUUCUCUUCGUACUUCUACAUUUUAGGAUUAUUAGAAAGAACUGCAAGUUCUGAGAAGUUAUUUUUGUUUUAAUAGGAUUAGACUUCUCACCAUAUGACUACUUUUUUGGGGGGGAUAUAAUUCUAGAAUGGGAUUUAGGAGAUUCAGAAAAUUUAGAACCUCACCACGACUGUUGCUUACAAAUUAUAACUGAUACUAACCGCAAAAGUUAUGUACAAUGAAUGGGCUUUGUUUAUAAACGAACCAGAUCAAACUCAACCUUUCAUGUUA